AAGAAGAGGCGUUUUGGGAAGUGAAAAGGUUUGCCCUGGUUCUGUAAUACGCACCCUUUAACUCUCCACAGUCCAUCAAAUCCCCUCUCUCCCCUCUCCCCUCUCCCCCGACUCCAAGCUUUCCCCCGCCAUAUUCUAUUUUACAUUCUUUGACUUUUUCUUCGUUCAUCUUUCUAUUGGGUUUGGAUUAGGGUUAGGGUUAGGGUUACGUUUAGGGUUAGGGUUGGGGAUUUUGCUCUUCUUCACCCCUCCCCAAGAAUGUAUGCUGAUCGGGUGGAGGCAGGAGCCAAGAGGUCUGUAUACGAACGCCUCAACGGAAACUCCUUAGACGAUUCUGGCCGCAGGCGUCAGUUCACUGGCAAGAGGCAGAGGCAAGAUGAUGACAAGUGGGAGCAUGAUCUUUAUGAGGAUGGUGAAACUCAGAUUUCAAAUCGGAAAGUUGGUGCUAGAGAUCUUCGUUUGAAGCUUCAAAAGAAGGUUGGCCAACAAGUGCCUCUAAGUGGAAAGGGAUCUCUUUCAGGAGGUGUGCGAGAUCUACGUGAAAAGCUGUCUGGCACAAUGCAUUCACAACCAGUGAACAAUGAUCCACCAAAAGCAAAACCUGCUAUGGAGGCUGGUAAACCUACUCGGAAAAAUGUCGCAGCUGAAGCUCCUGUGUCAGGAACCAAAAAAGUUGCCAGCCAAGUUCCUAGAAAUAAAACUCAGCAGAAGGCUGAUACAUCAGUAGAUGGUUUUUUGCAGUCUCUGGGUCUUGAAAAAUAUCUGAUUACAUUUCAAGCAGAGGAAGUCGAUAUGACUGCUCUAAUACACAUGACUGAUGAGGACCUCAAGGCUAUGGGAAUACCAAUGGGUCCGAGGAAGAAGAUACUUCUGGCAUUGGAAUCUAAAGCCUGACUUAUGGGAGUGGAGCUGGUUCUUUUUUCCUGUUUACUUGGACAUCAGCCAUUUUCUUGGUGCUGCUGCACUCCGGAAAUCAUUAGGCCUGUGUGAGACCUGAUAUGGAGCUGGUGUGACCUUUUUACAUGUAUCAUCCUCCUCUCUUCUUUGAUUUUUCAGUUGUAUUGCUGGAAGCGGCUUCAAUGAGCUUGUUACUGAUAAUAUUAAAACAAUAGAAGAUUUUUAGCUUGAGGCAGACAGAGGUAGAAGAAUCUUUAAUUUAAAGAAAUUGGUGCUUUCUUAUAUCAAAGUUACUUUUGUUUUGAUGUCGA